AUGACGAGUUUGAAGAUUCCCGGAAUGUCGACAGUAAAGGAGAAGAGAGCCUCGAUUUCGGAAAUGCUAGCGAUGAUAACUCUUGCGGCUGAGUAUGGAAACAUCCCAACUGUCCGAAGAAUGUUGGCUGAAUGCCCUGAGUUGGACGUCAACUGCACCGAUUUCAUCGGCCAAAAUGCUCUUCAGCUUGCAACGGGAAAUGAACACUUGGAAGUGGUAGAAAUGCUCCUCGCUCAGCCAAAAAUCAAGCGAAUCGGCGACGCCCUGAUGCUCUCUAUUUCCAAGGGUUACGAUCGAAUUGUAGAAGCCAUCCUUUCCCACGACGAUUUCAAAGUAGAAGACCGUCUAACCAUCUCCCCAGCUGAGCAGCGCAGGCGAUCACUUGAUUCCGACUUCUAUACUUACGACGGGGCGGAGACUCGUUUCUCGCCGGAUAUUACACCGAUAAUUCUGGCUUCGCAAUGUCAAGAAUAUGAGAUUGUGCACCAGCUGCUUAUUAGAGGAGCGAGAAUUGAACGACCACAUAAUUAUCAUUGCCAAUGCGAGGAUUGCUCUAGAAGUCGAUGUGUCGACAGUUUUAGUCAUUCAUUGUCAAGAAUCAAUGCAUACAAAGGACUCGCCUCGCCAGCUUACCUGGCUCUCUCCUCACCCGAUCCUAUGAUGUCAGCCCUUUAUCUGUCAAACGAGCUCGCAAACCUAGCUGAAAUCGAGAAGGAAUUCAAGAACGAGUACCAAAAGCUCUCCAACCAAUGCAAAGACUUUUCCGUCAGCCUUCUCGAUCUCUGCUGGAAUCACUCCGAAGUCUCCGCAAUCUUGAACAAUCACAAUCUCGAAGAAGAAUCUCGCGAUAAUUGCCAUCCGUCUCAACCUGGUUUGGACACUCUCAAGCUCGCAAUUCGAUAUCAAGUGAAAAAGUUUGUCGCCCACCCGAACUGCCAGCACGAGCUUUUGACUCAAUGGUUCGACAACAGCUGCCAUCUUGGCCAGGCGGGGAUCUGGGUUAAGGUCUUCGCGAUUCUUUUGCUAGCGCUAUGCAUGCCCUUGACUUCCGUCGUCCACUGGUUCAUGCCAAAGUCGCGAUUGGGCGCUUUCGUCGCCAGUCCAUAUGUAAAAUUCGUCAACCACGCCGUCAGCUUCGUUCUUUUCCUCCUUUUGCUUGUAACGUCGUCGAUUGACAGAUUUGAAUGGGUGGAUGUCGAGCCGAAUAAUUGGUUCAUCCCUCAUCAGACCCUUCCUUACGGAAGAUACAACAAGCUCAAUUGGAUCGAGUACACCCUCAUGCUGUAUAUCUUUGGCCGACUUUUGAACGAAGUGAAAGAGCUCUGGGAGCAAGGACCAAGAGAUUACUGCUGCCAGCUCUGGAAUAUCCUCGAUUUCGUCAUGCUGUCAACUUUCAUCACCAGUUUCUCUCUGAAAAUCGUCAGCUACCGAAAUGUCUCGAGAAACUACGAUUGGUGGGACCAGCAAGGAGAGCAUUUCAACAUGAAUUCUACAAAGUUCAACAUUAGCUGCGGGGUUAGGGGAUACGAAGCUUACAACUACACUAGUGAUGGGAAAAAACUCUUUAAUGUAACGCCUGAGCAAGCUUAUUACUCUUAUCAAUGGGCGGAACGAUUGUAUUGGGAUCAGUACGACCCUCAGCUAAUUUCCGAAAGCCUCUACGCCAUCGCAAUCGUCUUCUCCUUCGCCCGAAUUUCCUACAUCCUCCCAGUCAACGAGCAUUUCGGUCCUCUUCAGAUCUCUCUCGGCAGAACCGUGGUUGAUAUUUACAAAUGGGCAGUUCUCUUCGCCAUGAUUUUUGCAAGCUUCAUGUUUGGACUACACGCGCUUUACAGUUAUUUCGAAAAUGGUCUUACUUACAGAAAAAAUUUCACCACAAUCGAGCAAACCUUCAUCACCCUCUUUUGGUCCCUUUUCGGCCUAUCAGAUUAUCGAGGAGUCGAACUCGCCCAGUACCCCCUCUCCCGCAUCAUCGGAUACCUUCUCUACGGCGCUUACAGUCUCAUUACUGUGGUCAUCAUGUUGAACAUGCUAAUUGCGAUGAUAAAUAAUUCAUACAAUCGAAUCGACUGUGACUCCGAUGUCGAGUGGAAAUUCGCCCGAUCAAAAUUGAUGCUAUCAUAUUUCGGCCCUGGCUCCGUGAAUCCCCCUCCUUUCAAUCUUCUUCCGUCGCCAAAUUUCGUCCGAUCAGUAGUCGACUGUGUUUUGGAGACAGUCAAAACGUGUCUCAAAGGAAAUCCGGACUCGGCAGGUGUUGUGACUAAAACUGGCCGACCAAGAUCUGGAGCUGGAACAAGAAAGCCGCAGAAAAAUUCAGUGGAUCACUGUAUUGUCGAGUCUAGCUACGCGGAUAUUUCCCGCCGUCUGGUAAAACGUUACGUCAUCAAAGCUCAAGUGGAAAAGGAAUCAGAAGGAAUCAACGAAGGAGAAAUUCAAGAGAUCAAGCAGGACAUCAGUAGUCUCCGAUAUGAGCUCCUCGAGUUGAAUAAAAAUUACGUAGUCCAGCUCCAAACCGUCAUCGGAAUCGUCUCUGAUCUCAAGAAUGCCUACCGAAAGGGCACCCGCCGUGGAUCCUUUUAG